AUGGGCUCAUACAAAGACAAGCUCCAGUUCCAGCAAGUACCUUUGGGAGAGCAUCACGUAAUCCUCGGGCAAAUUCAAAAAGUCCUCUCUGAUUUUCAAGAUGUGUUUCCUUCAGACCUCCCAACAGGACUUCCUCCCAAGCGCUCAGUGGAUCACCGGAUCGUGCUACAACCUGGAUCUGAACCGCCUGUUCGUGCCACCUACCGCAUGAGCGCCGCUGAACUGAAGGAAGUCCAAGCUCAACUGGAAGAACUCCUUGAAAAAGGCUUCAUUCGUGUCAGUUCUUCCCCCUAUGCAGCCCCUAUCCUCUUCGUAAAGAAGAAAGAUGGAUCCCUUCGCAUGUGUAUUGACUACCGCGCCCUCAACAAACUCACCAUCAAGAACCGAUACCCGCUGCCACAAGUGGAAGAACUCUUCGAGCAACUCGGCGAGGCCAAAAUUUUCAGCAAGCUUGAUCUUCGAAGCGGUUACCAUCAGGUUCGCGUUGCUGAGGAAGACAUCGAGAAAACAGCAUUCCGAACCCGCUAUGGGCAUUUUGAAUUCCUUGUACUUUCCUUUGGACUCACAAAUGCCCCUGCCACUUUCAUAUGCUUGACGCACAACAUUCUGAUUUUCAGCAAGUCAUUGAGACAACACUCUGAGCACCUGCGCCAGGUACUCAUGAAGCUUCGCGAACAUCGGCUUUUUGCAAAAGAGAGCAAGUGUGAGUUCGCAAAUUCCUCCAUCCCUUUCCUGUUUCAUAUCAUCUCUCAUAAUCAGCUUGCUAUGGACCCCACCAAGAUUCAGGUCGUUGAGAACUGGAAGCAGCCUACCUGCAUCAAGGACCUUCAAGCCUUCCUUGGCCUUGCCAAUUACUACUGCAAAUUCAUCAAUCAUUUUGCUGCCAUCACCUCACCCCUCUCUAGCCUUCUUGGGGACCCGGACAGGAAGAAGCUUUCACCACCAUCAAACAUGCUCUUACCUCCUCUCCCACCCUAG